GGAAGUGAAGCGCUGCUCCCGAUGGUGUUUAUGUUGUCGCCUGCUCCCGGAUAGACAACUCGCCAGACAAGAAACGAUGGCGGUGAGCGCCGUUCACCUGGAGUCGGACGCCUUCCUGGUGUGUAUGAAUCACGCGUUGAGCACAGAGAAAGAGGAGGUGAUGGGUCUGUGUAUCGGGGAGGUGGAGGUCACCCGGAUCGUCCACAUCCACUCCGUCAUCAUCCUCCGCCGCUCGGACAAGAGGAAGGACCGGGUGGAGAUUUCCCCGGAGCAGCUGUCAGCGGCCUCCACGGAGGCGGAGAGGCUGGCCGACACGACGGGCCGGCCGAUGCGGGUGGUCGGCUGGUACCACUCCCACCCGCACAUCACCGUGUGGCCCUCACACGUCGACGUGCGGACCCAGGCCAUGUACCAGAUGCUGGAUCAGUGCUUCGUGGGUCUCAUCUUCUCCUGCUUCAUCGAGGACAAGAACACCAAGACGGGUCGGGUGCUGUACACCUGCUUCCAGUCCGUGCAAGCGCAGAAGGGCUCCGAGUACGAGCGGGUGGAGAUCCCCAUCCACGUCGUGCCCCGCGAAGCCAUCGGCAAGGUGUGCCUGGAGUCGGCCGUGGAGCUGCCGCGGAUCCUCUGCCAGGAAGAGCAGGACACGUACCGCAAGAUCCACAGCCUGGCGCACCUGGACCCCGUCACCAAGAUCCACAACGGCUCGGUGUUCACCAAGAACCUGUGCAGCCAGAUGUCGGCGGUGAGCGGGCCGCUGCUGCAGUGGCUGGAGGACCGGCUGGAGCAGAACAAGCAGAGCAUCGUGGAGCUGCAGCAGGAGAAGGAGAGGCUGCUGCAGGAACUGGCUGCUUUGUGAGCCCAGAGGACAUGGAGGGUGGAGGAGGACAGUCUAGAGACCACUGUCAGUUCUUUGUCUGUUGUUGGACAGGGUUUAGCUUCCUAACUGUUUUCUUACCUUAUCAAACUUCAGUUCUGUUUUUGGCAACAAAACAGAAGUCUUCACACAACUGCACUUCCAGCAGCUUGGAUUCUGUUUUGUUCUUUUAAUUCAUCCAUUCUCAAAAUUGUUGUGUUUAAAUUUUUCAUUUGUCCUCAAAUUGUUAAAUUAUCUAGAUUUAAUUAACCUUUUUUUUCCAGUCCUGUUUCCAGACUGCUGCUGGUUUCCAUCAGUGCAGAAAAGAUUAAAAUACACUCGUCUCUGGUUGGAUCAGAGCUUUGUUAACAGUCUUGAAUAUUCUCAAACAGAGCUGCUAAUAGUGGAUUUACUUUUUGCCCAUGAAAUACACUACCUGGCCAAAAGUAUGUGGUCACCCCAGUCCACGUUUGUUAUUGUGCUCUUUGUUUGAGGCUGUUUUUUUCUGGAUUGGCCUUCAUCUGUUAGUUCCAAUAAAGGAGUUUAAGUUAAUGCGAUAUAUUAAUUAUUAUAUUGUGGGCAAUACACAAACAGUUUUAUGGCCCCGUGCAAAAAAAAAAAAAAAGCCAGCUCCAUAAAGAAAUCGUUUUCCCGGUUUGCAGUGAAAGAACCUCACCUCAGCCCCAUCCUGUAGCUUUGGAAUGAACUGGGGGGGGCGGGGGGGUCUACCUGCAGUCACGAACCAAAAUCUUUUGGGAAGCCUGAAACCAGAAGAGUGGAGGCUGUUAUAGCAGCAGCUGAAAGGAGUGACAUUUUAACUGUCAUAUAUGGCUGUAAUGUUUAGGUGUCCACAUACCUUUGGCAACAAAUUCUACCUUAACUUGUCAGGAAUUUAAUUCUGCCAAAAAACAAGAUGCCUGGUUAAUUUUACACAGCUGGGUGGAGGCUGUUAACUGUAUCACCCACCCACAAUAUAGAAACAAAUGGCUAACUAGAGGGAAAGGUGAUGGUGUGAAACAUGUAGCAGUUUAUGGCAAAUGGGAAAUAACACUCAGGCAGUUAGGCGCGUGAAGAGCCUCUCUCCUCCAUUAUAGCCACUCUGAAUCAGAGCCUACUGAGCCUGCUGAUGGACGAGGGGCAGACACAAGGGGCAGACACAAGGUGCCUUCGGACUCAUGAAAGUGUUACUAUAGAUACUAUAAAAUGCAUAUGAAGCUAAGUGUUUGCUUAAGUGGAGUUUAAGGUAUAAUUUAAUCAAAAUAACAACUAACAGUUACAAAAGAGAAAUGGUUUAUGCCUUUGAAUGUGACCGUCUGAUUGCUUUCGAUGGGAUGUAGAAUGUUUAAAUGGGUUUAUCCAGUGAAACUACUGAGACCAGCAUCCAUUACAGAGGUGGUGAGGCACACACACACGUCUGUGUGUGUGUGUGUGUGUGUGUGUGUCUGCCCUCCAAAAUUCAGCAUGCUGCAGUUCACUUAUGUUCGCUUAUAUUUUCUAUCAGAAAAUAUAAGCAUUAUAUUUUCCACUUUUCACCACUUGUGGUCUCUUUGUCGUCUCUGUGUCUGUGUGUUACCACCAGGUGUCACCCUCGGCUCUGUUUUCACCUCAGUGAAAGGUACUUCUUCUUCCAUCCUGAUUAGUGUUCUCACCAUGUUUGGGUUCAGUGCGAGCUGAUGUGAAGCCCUGGUCAUAUAACUGUCCUGUAGUUUAUCUCUGGCCUCAGACACAGCAGCUGUAACAGCAAUAAUCCAAACUUUGUACAGUUUAUGAACUUUUUUUCUUUCUGAACACUUGGUUUCCCGUGAAUAAAUUCUCAGCUGUACA